AUGGUGGACUAUUAUAAAGUUCUUGGAGUUCCACAAGGCGCUUCAUCCGCUGAAAUCAAAAAAGCUUACCGCAAGCUAGCCCUGCAAUGGCAUCCGGACAAGAAUACCAACAAUGUGGACCAUGCCACAAAGAAAUUCAAAGAAAUCUCUGAGGCCUAUGAAGUUCUUUCAGAUGAUAAAAAAAGACGCAUGUAUGACCAACAUGGACAAGCUGGUUAUUCUAGCAGUGGUUCUAAUUCUAGAGGCAGACGCAGUCAUAUGGAUGAUUUUGAUUUCGUAUUUGAAUUCACAUUCGGAGAUCCCUUUGACAUUUUCAAAGAUUUUUUCGGAGGCAACAACGUUUUCGAUUUUCUAAGUGAACUACAGGGCAAUGACCACCAUGGACAAUCCCGUAGUCGUCGAAACCACGGCGCGUUUUCUGGAUUCGACUUAAUGAACGAUCGUUUUAUGGGAGAAUUUUUCGAUGACGGGGGACCCAGUGUUGCAUCCUACAGUUUGAGCAACAAAGUCGGCAGUAUGGGCGGAAACGUGGUGAAAAGAACUUCAACGUCAACUAAAUAUGUCAACGGCAAGAAAACGACAGUGGAAAAGAUUUUCGAAAAUGGUAAAGAGACGGUGUUGUGUUAUGAGGAUGGUGUGCUGAAAUCAAAACUCGUCAAUGGACGUCAACGUAUAACCGACAAGUAA